UUCUUUUUUCCAUGUUGUAUUUUACGUGUUGGCACUGUUGCACUUGGUUAUUGUUUUUCGUCUGCUAUCUCAGUCAAGACAACACUGAAUCUGAUCUAGUCUAUUUUCGCCAUGCUGAGAAAAGCAGUUUUACAAACAUUUCGCCAAGGCCUAGCUCAAUCCUUCUUCAAGAGAAAUGCGGUUUCGCUUAGUGAAACCACCGUAACUCACCAGCCCAUCGAGACGUCAAAUGAAGCCGGUGAGAGAUCCGUAUCCACACAAAAGACGAGCGAUGAUUCUGGGAAUACUGUGGUCGUAGCACCACCAGAGUUCAGAUUUAUGUACCCAGAAUUUCUCCCUGAUCCAGCCAUGGAAACAAGGAAUAGGCUCAAAGAAAAACUUGAAAGAAUGGACAUGUUACAAAGGAGAUCAGUUAUUGAAAUUCCAGAAUUUUAUACUGGAUCAAUUAUGGCCGUGACUGUUGCUGAUGCAAAUUCUCCAAACAAAUUUGCAAAAUUUGUGGGUAUUUGUAUACAGAGAGGAGGAAGUGGUUUGCGAGCAUGGUUUAUUUUACGAAAUGUUGUGGAUAAACAAGGAGUAGAAAUUCUUUAUGAAAUGUAUUGCCCUCUCAUACAAAAGAUCGAAGUAUUGAGGCUAGAAAGAAGAUUGGAUGAAUCAUUACUCUAUCUGAGAGAUGCCUUACCAGAAUACAGUACCUUUUCAUUUGAUAUGGAACCAGAAAGGAGAUUAAACAACUCUGUUGUACCAAUCAAUCCACUUAAAGUAAAACUACGUCCACGCCCUUGGCUUGAACGUUGGGAACGCCAGAAUUUGCAAGGAGUAGAAGAUCUGAAACUUCCGCAGGUCUUCUACGACAGAGCCGCAAAAGUUGCUAAACCAUGGGAAAAAUACGAUCUCAUGUUACAUUACCGGAAAACUAUCCCAGCUGAAGAGCAAGAGAAAAUAUUUGCCGAAGUUCACUCUCAAUUGCAGCAACAAGAGUUAAAAAGAAAAUUAAGACGACGUAGAGGUCCUGAUAGUGAACAAUAAUGUCUUCAGUGUAGUAAUAAUAAAUUUUUCCCCUUAUGA